CCUUAAAAAACGAAGUAAAAAAGAAAAGAGAAACAAGUUUGAAGCAAACACAGCUGAAAAUCUAGUCACUGGAAGAAACCGGCAUGGUUGCAGGCGGCGUUAGAACGCGGAAAGCUAAGAAAUCGCAGAACGGAAACAAAUUGAAAUUGAACCACCAAAACCUUGCUGACUUAGUUUCCACAGUCACCCUCACUGCACAUUCCUUCCUCUCAGACAACGACCUCGUUCUUCUCCCUUCCCAGUCUCUCACUCUCCAAACCCUAAUCUCUUCAACUUCUCACUCUCUCUCCGCAAUCCUCUCUCUCUUCCCCAAACCCUCGCACCCCCUUUCGCUCUCUUUGCCGCAACGGGAUUGCUGGUUCCACCGUUUCCGUUCCGUUUCCGAUUCCCAAUGGCUUCACGCAUUCCGCAUGUCCAAGCCUUCCUUCUCCCACCUCCUCAAUAUCCUCUCUCCCUCCCUCUCUUCUUCCGUUCCCAAUAUUACCCCAGAUUGUGCCCUAGGCGCUGCCAUUUUCCGCUUGGCUCAUGGCGCCACCUACGGCUCUGUGGCGCGCUUCUUUGGGAUCUCCCCGGGGGAGGCUUGUCGAGCCUUCUUUUCGGUGUGCAAGGCGGUCACUGGUAGUUUGGGGCAUUUGUUCCAGCUUCGCACUGAUUCGGAGAGGGUUGUAGUGGGUUUUGGUUGGAGUUCGCUUCCCAAUUGUUUUGGGGUUCUGGGGUUAGCUAGUUUUGGGAUUGAUAGCGAUUCGUUGGGUAAAAAUGGGUCUUUGAUGGUUCAAGCAUUGGUGGACUCUGAAGGGAGGUUCUUGGAUGUGUCAGCAGGGUGGCCUAGUACGAUGAAACCUGAAACCGUUUUGCAUCAGAGUAAGCUCUAUGUUGGGGUUGAGGAAUCGAAGGAGUUGUUGCAAGGACCAUCUUAUAAGCUCAGUGAUGGUUGUUUGGUUCCUCAGUAUAUAUUGGGAGAUUCUUGUUUUCCCCUUUUGCCUUGGCUUUUGACACCCUAUAACAGGGUGAACGAGGAAGAUAGUUUUGGUUCAGCUGAAAGGGCUUUCAAUUGUGCACAUAGUAAUGCAAUGGGGUUCGUUGGAGAUGCAUUUGGGAGGCUUCGAACUAGGUGGCAGCUUCUAUCUGCUUCAAGGCGAUGGAAACAAGAGUGUGUUGAGUAUUUGCCGUUUGUGAUUGUUACUGGUUGUUUGUUGCAUAAUUUUCUUAUGAAGUGUAACGAGCCAAUUCCUGAUAAAGGAGCUAGUUCUGUGGUAAAGGAAGAGGGUCUUGCUGCUUUUGAUGGAAUGGUGAAUGAGAGUGCUAUGAGGAUAAGGGAUGCACUUGCUUUGCACUUGAGUAGGGUGAGCAUGAGAAGAUGAAUGAUAUGGAACCAGGUGCUUAUCUUUUUGUUUUUGUACAACUAAUGGAUUCUCUAGGCGUUUUGAUUGGUGAACAUGUUUGGGAAUUGCUGGCAAGUGUCACUUACAAGUUGGAAACCAUGUAUGACUAUGGGUUCGACUAAGUUGGAUUCAUUGGUUACUUACAUAGCAAUGAUAGGAUGUUGUCACUUGUCAUUCAUUGGAAACCAUCCUUGGAGCUACAAACCACGGCUUGUUAGGAGUAAGUUAUCAAAAUUUUCUUUUUGAAUGGCCGAGGUGUAACAGAGUUAAGCAAAGUGCAUGAAUAGAACGAAAUCUGUAAUCAACAUAAAAAUUUCAAUUAUAGGUUCUGGAAAUUCAUAUUUCU